GAUAUCGAUGAAUGCAGGGAAUUCACUUUCCAAUGUCAAGAUGCUUCCCAGACUUGUAGUAAUCUCCACGGAUCUUACAAGUGCGUCUGUGGAGAAGAUUUGUACUGGAUUGACAACAAAUGCCAAGGUUUGUUUGCAAAUGAAUUUAGUUGUUAUUUGACUCAAGGCAUGAUCUGACUUUGUUCUGAUUUAUCAAUAAUUUGGACUCAUCUUUAAAGGAUUGUUCAGUCAAAGUUGUUUUGCCACUAUCAUUGGUGAUUUUCUACAGCUUACCAUGUUCCUACAUACAUACAUACUUACAUACAAUAUAUAUUUUUUUUUUUCCAAAGGACUUGGUAAAGGGAAGCUCCUCCACCACCUCCACCCGCAUCAACACCGAGAACACCUUCUGCAGAAGAAACUGCCGAAUCAGUCAGCGUAAAUGUCGGAUUAAACAUUUCUGAGGUGAGCCAUUUUUUUUGGCAUACAAUUAGUUCGGAUUUUUUAAAACCUACCUUGCGAAAAUUGCCGUCAUUUGACUAAAAACAAAACCCAAGUUCCUGCCCCCCGAUAAGCGAAAGCGAGGAAAAAGGAGCACCCCUUCCUCAAUUUGCAAGACGCUCCAGAUCAAACCAAAGGGGCAAAUUCAAUAGUUACUUAAAGGCGCCAAUAUUGAGCCACGAGUUAGACGCAAGGAUAUUGCUGUUUUGGGUUAAUUCUGUGCUAAAGUCAUUCCCUUUAGCCUAUACACGAAAUGUUUCUGUAUAGUUAUGAAGAAGAUAUCAAUAGUCAACAAUAACCAUGAUAACCUUUUUGGUGAUUUUUGCAGGCAUAACAUUAUAACUUGAAAAAAGUUGAGAGUUUUUAAUACAUUUUUUAUCCUUGCCCUCGGUUGCAACAAACGACAGGAAACAGUUUAAAUGCCUAAAUAUAAUCUUAAAUAACAAAAUUAACCAUUAUUUUUGGAAUUAAAUUGAAACAAAGACCAUUGCAAGUUUUAGCUUUUUAAAAGAGUCGUCAACUAGCGUGACAUUUUAAUUUCUAGAUCUCUCAUCUAAUUUUUCUUAUUGCAGUGGAAUGAACCAAAAGAGGACGCGUUCAAGCAGUCCGUUGCACAAGCAGCUACAGAUCAUUGCUUGACAGGUAGCAACUGUCAAUCAACGGAAACCAGGUAUUGACUACUUGUCGAUUUAUUGCUUUACUGAUUGAUUGCUUGAAGAAUGGAUGGAUGUUUAAUUCUCCAUUGACUCAUUUCUUGACAGUUUAACUAAAUUUGUGAUCGUUUCAAUAUUUUGAUCCAGAGAUUAAUAAAGUAGCUGUGAAGUAAGGAAUCGGCACAAAACAACAACAACAACAACAACAACAACAAUAUAUCAUAAUAAUAAUGAUGAUGAUGAUGAUGAUGAUGCUUAUACAUUGUAGUUAUGAUAAAUAUAAUAUGAUAAUAAAUAACAAAAAGACAAUAAAUCCACUGCCAUUUUAAGCUCUCGACGCAAACGCAGAUCAGCGGGAAACCUGGUCUUCACAGAGAACCAAGUACACGUGUUGCCUGGUUACCCAAAACAGAUUUCAGUGAGUCCACUCCUGGCGAACAUUUCAUUUUACAUACAGUCUCCAGCUGGAUCGUCGUUUACCGUCAUGCCGAAAGCUGUCGUGGUUGCCAUUGUUCAGAGUUCUCUGGCAAGCAUUUCAAGCGCCCUCAAUGCCAACAUUUCAAGUGUACAAACGCUUUUUGCAGACACAACGACAGCGACAUCUUCAACUCCGCCGAUUACAACCGCCACUACACGGGUGUUACCGACGGAGAAAGAAAGCAAUAUGAAAUAUAUCAUUGCUGGUUGUGUUGCUAGUGGGGUGGUGAUUAUCGUCAUUGUCGUAAUCCUUGUGUGGUGGUGCAAUAAGAAAAAAAGGUACCUGUGA